AUGCGGUUGGCGCUGCUCGUGUCCGCGGGCGUCCUGCUGGUGGCUCUCCUGCCCUGCCCGUCAUGCAGGGCCCUCCUCAGCCGGGGGCCCGUCCCUGGCGCCCGGCAGUCCCCGCAGUCCCCCCAGCCCCUGGAUUUCUUCCAGCCGCCGCCGCAGCAGCCGCAGCCUCGGCCGGUCCUGCUCCGCGUGGGAGAGGAAUACUUCCUCCGCCUGGGGAACCUCCACAAGAGCCCCGCCGCUCCCCUCUCGCCCGCCUCCUCGCCCCUCGCCGGCGGCAGCGGCAGCCGCCCCUCGCCGGACCAGGCGACCGCCAACUUUUUCCGCGUGUUGCUGCAGCAGCUGCCGCUGCCUCGGCGCUCGCUCGACAGCCGCGCGGGUCCCGCGGAGCCCGGCGCUGAGCAUGUCCUCGGCGGCCACCAGGAGGCGUCGGAGAGGGAGAGGCGGUCCGAGGAGCCGCCCAUCUCCCUAGAUCUCACCUUCCACCUUCUCCGGGAAGUCCUGGAAAUGGCCAGGGCUGAGCAGUUAGCGCAGCAGGCUCACAGCAACAGGAAACUGAUGGAGAUUAUUGGGAAAUGA